AAAAUUAUUCAUAAAUAAAAAUCUUUUUUAACAUUCAAAUGGGAGCAUACAAGUAUUUACAAGAACUUUGGAAAAAGAAACAAUCAGAUGUGUUGAGCUUCAUCAUGAGAAUUAGAACAUGGGAAUACAGACAAUUGCCUGUAAUUCACAGAGCCACCAGGCCAAGUCGACCAGACAAGGCUAGGAGAUUGGGUUACAAAGCCAAACAAGGCUAUGUAAUUUAUAGAGUGAGAGUACGAAGAGGUGGUAGAAAAUUGCUCAUUAGAAAGGGACUUGUCAAAGGAAAACCCAAGAGUCAAGGAGUUAAUUAAUUGAAGCCAACAAGAAAUCUCAGGUCUGUUGCAGAAGAAAGAGUGGGAAGAAAAAUUGGAGCCUUGAGAGUCUUGAAUUCCUAUUGGGUUGCUUAAGAUGGCACAUAUAAAUACUACGAAAUCAUUACAGUCGAUCCAUUCCAUCCAGCCAUCAGAGGUGAUUCAAGAAUCAAUUGGAUUACCAAGCCAGUUCACAAACAUAGAGAAUUAAGAGGAUUGACAUCCGCUGGCAGAAAGAGCAGAGGACUCAGAGUUAAAGGUCAUCGUAACAAUUAAACAAGACCUUCAAGAAGAGCCAAUUAUGCAAGAAGAAAUAGAAUUUCCCUUAGAAGAUUUAGAUGAUUUUUUUAUUUUUUUGUAUACUCAAAGUACAAUUAAUCAGUCAAUUUACACUA